GAUCCACUGAAAGUACACUGUGCGAGAGCAACUUUGCAAUUGCUUCAUCAACUCUGCAACAAGUGAAAAUAUUGCUGAAUUGUGAUUUUGCAGUUCAACAAUCAAAUUUUCAAGUUCCAGAAAUUAAUGCAGUUCUGAAAACUUUGGAGGAUAGAUAUCUAAGGAUGCACAAACUUGUCUCACCGCAGUUUUCUGUGAUGAAGUUAUUGAAAGACUUCUGUGAUUUGUACUUGGAACUAGGUACUGUUUCCUCCAAUUGGCCAGUUGCAGAUAACUCUCCUGUAGUCAGGAAAGUGGGCGAUCCCUUUCAUAGUGUAGGGUCAAACAGGAAGGCAAGUUCUGAUCAGGCCUUGAAAGGGAAGGCUUCAAAACCCUGCAGGUUUUCAAAUUUCCAUAAUUUGGUAAAUGUGCAGCAGGGGACAACUGCUAUUGAUGUGAAGAAAUCCAUCAAAAAGUUAAAUGACAUAACGAAAGGUUCAGAAAAUGUCCAGAUUUCAUUGAUAGCUGAAGUAGGGAAUGACGAUAUUCCAAAGUUUACUUACAUGCCACAGAAUAUUAUUUAUCAGAAUGCUUGCAUGCAAAUAUCACUUGCUCGGAUUGCAGAUGAAGAUUGCUGUUCAGGUUGUUCAGGAGAUUGUCUGUCGCAUCAACUGCCGUGUGCAUGUGCUCGUGAAACUAGGGGAGAGUUCGCUUAUACUCAACAAGGCCUGCUAACACAAGAGUUUUUAAGAGAGAGUGUUUCAACGAAACGAGACCCUCAUAUAAAAAAUUUUGUGUUUUGCCAAGAAUAUUGUCCAUUGGAGAGAUACAAAAAAUGCAAGGGUCACUUGGUUAGAAAGUUUAUUAAAGAGUGUUGGAUGAAAUGUGGAUGUGACAUGAACUGUGGAAAUCGAAUAAUACAACGGGGUAUUACCUGCAACUUGCAGGUAUUUUUGACUCAUGAAGAUAAAGGCUGGGGUGUAAGAACGCUUAACGACUUGCCUGAAGGAACCUUUGUGUGUGAAUAUGUUGGGGAAAUAUUGACGAACACUGAAUUAUAUGAUAGGAACAUGCAGAAUAGUGGCAGUGACAGGCAUACAUAUCCAGUUACACUUGAUGCGGACUGGGGUUCAGAAAGAGUCCUAAGGGAUGAUGAAGCACUUUGUUUGGAUGCAACUUUCAGUGGAAAUGUUGCAAGGUUUAUUAAUCAUAGAUGUAAUGAUGCAAACUUGAUUGAUAUUCCAGUCCAGGUGGAGACACCUGACCGGCACUAUUAUCAUCUUGCCUUUUUCACUACAAGAGAAGUGCGUGCAUUUGAAGAACUGACUUGGGAUUAUGGGAUUGACUUCGAUGAUCAUGAUCAUCCAAUAAAGGCAUUUCAAUGUUGUUGUGGAAGUGCUUCUUGCCGAGAUCUGAAAGGGCGCAGAAGUUCAACUGCGGAAAGAUGACAAUCAAUCAAUUGGAGAAAUUAAAUUAUUUGAAGAAUGCCAUGACCUUUGAUACUGAACAGAUUAAUUAAUCAAACUAAAAUUUUUUGGUUUGCAUGUGUGUGUCCAUGGUCAUACAUGGAGUGGUAUUCAGGUAAAGUCAGACGGUAUUCAAGUAAAGUCUUUCCAACAAUUUUCAAGCUACUGAUUUUGCACGGCGAAGACACUAAUCUCUUGAUUAAUUUGGAGAGACAAAUUUUGCUUAGAGAACAAGUUUUACAUGGUCUUUUUAAAUUUUAAUUUUUUUUGUUAUAUUCAGUACUCAAAUUUUUUGACACUCUACACGAAUUGUUGGCAAUAUAUUUUGCUGGUUCAAGCAUUGUGCGUGCUUGGAUUGCUAAAUCGUUGUUUUAACUUUUCACAUAUAAAUUGACUCAGUGGGCUUCAGCAA